AUGGGCAGCAAGCGCCAUAAUCCAGUGGAGAGCAUUUGCCGAAAAAUCCAAACCAUUCAGAGAAGGGAUUGUGUGUCCAACCCUGUGAUGCAGAUUCCUAAAUUUCGCUCCAGAAAUUUUGAGAGCCCUCAGAUCAGCCUCAAGAAGAAUAUGGAAGUGAUUCUGAGGAAUAGAACAGUAGAAAAUCAUAUGGUGAAGCGGGAAGUAAAUAUUGCGGUUGCUAAUUGCACCUCAUCACCUGAAACCUCAUCAGGUCAGCCAAGAAAUUCAGGAAGAAAACCUCCCGCUGUCAGUUCGACUUACACAGUCAUCAGCUCGGUCGGAGAAAAGGCCUCCAAGCCACAGAAUUGCUGCAGAGCUCUGAGCUGCUCCACACCAGUUAAUGAGAGUGGAAGAAAUCUUGCCAUCUUGAGUCAGCCCCACUCGGCCAUUAUUAACAUUGAGCAUCGUAUACUGACCAGCGAUGACUGCAGUGCUGCGUGUAGUCCAGUUAACUCCACCAACUUUAACUUCUUCACCUGCUUGCAUAGAACACAAUCGCCUGUAGCAAAGAGAUUAUCCUUGGAUGAAACUAGUGGUAAGUUAAUAAAGAGGAAAAUGGAAAAUGUGGAACAUACCAGUCUGAUCUGCGAGGAAGAUUUACUGGACACUAUUUUCUAUGCCUGUGAUAUAAGGCACAGAGGGAAGGUGGCUGUUUCUAUGAUUGUGGACUAUCUGCGACACACCACCAGUCGUAGUUCAGAGGACAGUGGCCUUGAGGAUUUGUGCAACAUGUUGGAUCCAGAUAACAAGGACAUCUCGAUUGAUUUGGGCACCUAUCGUGCUGUGAUGAAAGAGUGGAUCGAAGAUUGUAGGAGGAAAAGUGUCCAUGAGAAGACACCAGAAGCUGUAAAUGUUAAUGAAGAUGUUGUCCAACUUUGUGAUGGUCUUGUAUCAGGAAUGAGAUUUUCCGACACAACCGAUGGAACAAUGGGAAGCUUGGAGGCACUUGGUGGGGAAAUUUCAAAAGGGGACCUGGAGACAUCCGAUUUAAUCUCUUGUAUUGCUGAUCUCCAAUACAACCACCAAAAACUUCAGGAGCAGAAUCAGAAGCUAAGAUUGGCAGUGGACGCCACCGAAGAAAGUAACAAUCGAUUAAUGGAAGAGAAUGAGGAGUUGCUCAGUCAGGUGAAAAGUGCUCAGCAGUCCAUUUUAAUAGAAAAGUCUUUGAAAGAAGACCUGGAAGAUUUGAAGCUACAGAUAAGUACUUUACAAGAGAGCAACAAAAAGCUUAUCCUUCAGAAUAAACAAGAGGCAAAGGACAAUCAAUCCCUAAUUCAGAAGAUUGCCUCACUCCAGGAAGAGAACCUAAAACAUGCCAUAGAUAUUGAGGCCCUUCAUGAGAGGAUUGCUGUGCUCUGCAAUGAUAAAACAGAACUCCAGAUGCAGUUAACUGAUCUUGACAAUCUAGUGCACAAUAAAGAUGCAGGUUUACUUGAGAAAGAUAAUUAUGUGGAGGAACUUAAGCAUUCCAUUGUCGAAUAUUCCUUGGUGGUAGAGGCCUUGCGUAUGGAGAAGACAAAAUUAGAAAAUCAACUUCUGAUGCAGCAGGAGCUAGCUUCUGAGUGCAUUAAUUUGCCAGAAAUGCCUCAAGAUGGACCCAACCCAACCAGGGCACCAAGUUCCUUGCAGUCAGAGCUGUUGAAUGCUCAAUAUGUUUUUGAGACAAAUAGUUCUGAAUGGUCUAGUGCCUCAGAACGUAACACAAUGGCCUUCGAAGAGACAUUGGAUAAGGAGGUGCUGAUGCUGAUGCAGGGCCCUGGGAUGGAGAAGGCAUCUGUUCAAUUCAAAAUGAUCACCUCACAGAUGACCAAGGAGCUCUCUGAAGAGAUUGAGGCACUGGUGACGUGGUUGAAAAAAAUAGGUGAACUGAAAAUAAACUGCAAAGAUUUGAAUGAAGUUGAGCUAGAGCACCUGAAGAAUAGCCUGCAGGAGAGAAGACACCUAUGGCUCCAGAACAUCUGUGCCUUGGAGAAACAAAAGUUGGCUGCAGACCAGGAGUACGUAAAAUUGGCGAGCAACUUUCGAAGAUGCAAAACUGAGCAGCUGCACCUGAAGAGGAAAGAAGCCGCCAGGCUGCAUGAGCUUGAAGCACAGAAGCAGCUAACGGAGAAAGCGACAGCUGCCUUCAAACUUCAUCUGCACAAAGUUUGUCAACAGCUUGAAGAUCUGCAAAAAGAGGUUUGUAUCGAGAACACUGCAUUAGUCUCAGUCAGGAAAGGGACAGAAGUGUUACAACAUGAGCUGGAGGAAGCAGUCAUUGCGAGGCAGAACCCUCAGUCGAUAAAUCAAGCUCAAUCAGGCACCACUGAAACACUCGAAGAUAAACUAAACCAACAGCAAACAACCAUUCAAACACUGAGAGAGAAGCUCUUCCAGCAAGAAUUGUGUGCAUUGCAAUCCCAGACAAGAAGUUGCUACAAAGAACUGUGGCCAGAAGUUGCUGAAUGUGCAGGAGAGAGCCAAACUCCUCAUGAUUCACUACCAUGUAUUCAACAAGGGAAGGUCCAUAAUUCAGUAACCCUACACUCUUGUACACCAUUGCUGGAUGCCUUAAUGUUGGAGCAAUUUUAUCCAGUCUCGUGCUUCCAGAAUAGUUCCAGCUUUUACUUCAGCUCUAACAACGUCAAAUGUCAAAAGCCAAUGACUUCAGCAAAUGAUAAGCUACUUGACAGCCAGUCUAGGUGCGAGUUUCACACAGUUGGCAUCCAGACUGAAGGAGAGUUUUCUGUUCCUGGUAUGAGUGGAGAGCUUCAGAAUAAGGCAGCAGCUGAUAAGGAAGUGGAGAAUUGUGAUCUGCCUCAAGCCAGCACCAGAAAUAAUCUUGUAACUGAACCAUUUUCCAGUGAAGUCCUUGAACACACCCAGCUUAAUAUACCUUGUAUUAUCACGCCGGAAAGCUCCUCCAUGUCUGGGUCCAGUUCCCCUCAUACUUCCGCAAAGCAACCUGAUGAUGGCUUGCAGCUACAGGAAACAAAAAAUACAUUUGAUGUAGUUAGUGAAAAUAAUGCCAAUAUUUGUGGCAUAGUUAAAGAUGGCAUCUCAGAUGGCCCAGUUCCAAUGGAUACCAGUCAGCACAUCUCCAAACUUUGUAACUCCAAAGGGGAUCAACCAGGGUCAAGAACUAAAGCAAAAAUAAACUUGGAAGCUACUCGAGGUUCUGUGGCUGUAGAUGAAUUGAGCUCAAGUGAAUUACGAGUUAUCUAUGGUAGUCCAGUCAAUAGUCUUGAUGCAGGAAUGUAUCAGUCACCUGACUCCAAAAGUAAAGAUCCGUUGAACUUACAGAGUGCGUCAGCUACCGAACAGGAUGUGGAGGCUGAAUUCCUCCGCUUCUCAUUAGCUUUCAAGUGUGACAUGUUUACUCUGGAUAAGAGAUUACGCCUGGAGGAACGAUCCAGAGAUUUAGCUGAAACCAAUUUGAAAAAAGAGAUUGAGAAAUGUCAACAAACAUUGCAGACCGUGAAGCCCCUGUGUGAAGAAGCACAGUCACUGGAGACUUUUGAGAAACUGGAAAAAAGUUUGGGGAUGCUCAUGCAGACCAUAAGCCGAGUCGCCAGCCGGGCUGAAAUGCUAGGAGCCAUUCACCAGGAAACUCGAGUCAGUAAGGCUGUUGAAGUUAUGAUCCAGUACGUUGAAAACUUGAAGCGUAUGUAUGUAAAAGAGCACACAGAGCUGGAAGAAAUGAAGCAACUACUUUUUCAGAAUGGCAAAGCCUGCAGUUCAUUUGGAGAAAACCGAGAUGAUCUGCGAAGUAAAAAGUUCCUUACUGCUCAGACACUUGGCAAAAGUUCCCCACGAAGAGUCAGCAUUGCAGCAAUCCCAAGAUGCACAGCAGGAACACCAUUUGACUUGUCAAAGCUGAAUGAGAUUGAUGAAGGAAGAAGAAAGUCUGAAGGAGAUCAGGACAAGUUGCGGAACAAGCUUGUGAGAAAGAUGAGCAGUUGGAAACUUGUAGGGCAAAAAGAAAACGAUCCAUCCUCAUCCCGGCCAGCACUGCAUCGAUUUAUCAGCACCUGUACCUGGGGUGACAAGGACAAUCGGAUAGUGAAUAAGAGUAGGGCUGCUCCAGGAUUGGAAUCACAAGAGGGGGAAGCAAAAGAAGAGGCAACAGAAGAAGCUAUCUUAACCGAAGCAAAAAAUAACCAUCCAAAUGCUGAACCAUGUGUAAUGUAUAGAGGGAUGUCGGCCCAUCUAGCAGAAUUGUGGAAUGCUUUUUCCAAAAGUGACCGAGGACCCUGGCUGCCUGUUAUACUACUAUUCUCGCUAAGCGUUUUGGGUAGUUUUCUCAUCGGCUGGUCUUUCCACACAUCUGUUGAUGCUGCCUCUGUGGCCACUGGGAACUCCUGGAAAGCGAUACAGCAAUUUCUGUGGCCUUACACAGAACUUCAACACAAUGGACAGCCCCCUGUAUAACUAACCAUUCCAUUUCCCAUACAGGCAAGCUUUGGAUUGCAACUUUCAGAAUCCUCUCGACUCUCUGCUAAGAAUGGCGCAAUAGGUUAAUGCCUUGUUUUUAAACUAAAAUACAUUGUUUAAGAUUUUAGCCUUGACAAAUCACAUCAUAUGAGAAAGCAGUAAAUGUUGGACAAAAUACUCACUCACUUUUAGGUAUUUCUGGAUUGUUUCAACGUUUAGAAUAUCUUAAACUCCAAUUUGUAUCAGAAAAUAUUUUUACCAUAACUAUUCAACUCUAACAUUUUGCCUGUUAAAGGUAAAUUUAGACAAUAGGAAACAAGUAAAAUAUCUUGGCUGUUCUUCACGUGAAGUUCCCAAUUGCUGUGAAUUUUUAAUGGAAAAAUUUGAAUGUAUGAAGCAGCAAUCUGAACAUGUGCGUGUAAACUUAAUAAAUUUAGAUGUUCAUGAGGAAAUCGUACUCAAUAAAGUCUUCAGUUGACCGGCA